UAAGUCUUACUACGACCCCCGCGUACCUCUAGUUUUGCGUUCACUUGCCACAAACACCAUGAUUGCUAAAAUUGUGAUAGUGAUCGCUUUCGCGUGCUUGACAAUCGCUCAAGAUUUUGACUACGACGAAGGCCCGCAACCACGACCGGCACCAACGCGAAUUCGACCGGGAUUUUCGGGAACGUCCCCGUCUAAACCAUCGGCACCCAUUGCCAUCUUGAAACAAAUAAACAGGCAUAAUGAAGACGGCUCAUAUACAUACGGCUACGAAAGUGCCGAUGGAUCAUUCAAAAUUGAAACAAAACUACCAACAGGUGAAGUGAAAGGGAAAUACGGGUUCGUAGAUGAUGUUGGAAAACUUCGAGUUGUUGAGUAUGGCGCCACUAAGUACGGGUUUGAGCCACAAGGAGAAGGUAUCACCGUUGCACCCCCAACGUUGGUUGAUGAAACCACCUUGAAAGACGGCAGUUUGAAUCCCGAGUACGCCGAUCAGUAUUACCAACCAGAACCAGCACCGAGACCAGCACCAAGGCCGAAACCUCGCCCUCAACCUUCUUUCGACGGUUACUCGUCACCCCUACAGUUCGCUCCGGCACCGCAACGAUCAGCAUCACCCGGACCUGCCAGACCACAACAAGGCUUCGGCGGUGCCUCAUUGACAACCGACAUCGAAUACGGCGCACCACAACCCAGACCAGCACCACCAAGCCGAAGCUUCGCGCCCCAACCCACUAAGCACGGUUUCCGUCCAGCAUCCCAAUCGUUCUCCUUCGAACCCGCCCCCAUCGAAGAGCAAGAGAAUUACGCCGAACCAGCUCCGGCUCCCAGACCAGUGCCCGUCCAGUCCUUUAGACCGGCGCCCCAACCCAGACCCGCACCUCUACCCCCAUUCAGACCGGCACCGCCAAGUCCCCAGUACCAAUCGGCACCUGCACCAAGACCAGGUCCCGUGACAAGACAAAGCGGCGGCGGUCCCGGAAUUUUAGAUCAGUUAGCCAAAGACUACGCCAUUCCUAACGGAGCACCCGCCCUUCACGAUAUUAGCUUCGGAUAUUAUUAAAUUUUAGUCGUAUUUA